CUAACGUCCUUUCUGCCAGCAGCCCUUUAUAUACUGUUCAAAUACGUGUGAAAUCCUAGUCCCUGCUAUUGCUAUACACUGGACUGUACAAGGGUGUUUCUCAUUGAUAUCAGUCUGCAUGCUAACAGUGGUAAAUCAAGUACUGCAUAAUGCAACCAGGACGUCCUUUGCCACAGUUGCCAAUAGAGCGACCACUACCUGAGCUACCUUACUCCUCUUACGAUACUUUACCACCAGCCCGCCCGGUGUCUAAGACUCCCCCUCCCUCGAGGAGAAUUGCCGUCGAGCAUGACAUUGAUACUCCUCCACCAUUACCUCCUGUGUCGGCUCUUGCAAUGGUGAAAAAGUCCCAAAGUGCUUUCUUUAAUAUGGAUAAUAAGGUACAGCGCCCUAGUCUCCCUGAUGCCUCUGUUCGUCCUCCAUUGCCGCCUCGCAAGUCAUCAGUUCCAGUGUCAUCAUAUCAUAAUGCAACAACCCCGCCCUCCAAACGAGAGAGCACGUCAAGCUCCCUCUCUACCGAUAGAUCCAGCAUGUACGACAUACCUAAAUCAAUGAAGUCAGGUGCUGGAGUUGGAAGGGGGCCUAGUAGCGUCUCGCUGGAUUCAGUCUCUGUUUGUAGUUUUGGUCGGGCACCCUCUCCUGUCAAUUAUGUUCCUGUAUCGGAGUCAAUGUCGCUCAAGCAGCUGGUCGCGUAUCAUCAGAAUGAGUUUCCGCUCCGUGUUGAGGUCUCUGCUGGUUAUUUUGGGGACUCUGAGUGUGAUACUUUCUCCGAAGGAGAUCGUCUUAACUUUCACUUCAUCAAGCAGCUAUCAGUCGCUGUCAUAGAGACUGGUACUGGACAACUGGUCAGAGUCCCAUUGAAUUCUGCUGCCCGUUUCUCACUCAUUUAUGAUCCAAACAAUAAUCCAAAGGAAGCAGUUACUGGGUUUGAGUUUAAGUCUGUGAAGGAUGUCCUUGCACAAAAGGACAUGCCAAAGAUAAUAUGUGCCACAAAAGCUCAUGGGAAUCCGUCAAAUGUAUCUCAUUCAGUUCAAGCUGGUGAGCUCCUCCUCAUUAAUGAAGUGAAGCAUGGUCGAUUUGGAGGUCAAUCCCUUAUAUGCACAUCCAUUGAGAAUGAGAAACAAAAGCGUCUCCCGGAAAACUGUCAAGGGUUCUUCUCCACAGCUCCCAAUCAUGUCAUGUUGUAUCUUCCAGAGCUUACUAAGAAGUUUGACCUCCCGUUGAAAGUAAUUGUCAGCGAGUUGCCAAGCAGCGGUAAUCUUGGAGGAAGAAUAUCCGACUCUCUUACAAUCAGAGAAAUUGUUACUAUUGUUAGUGUCAAUAAAGAGUCAACAAUCAUUGCUACUCCGGUCCCAGACGAAGAGGACACACAAUUUAGCAACGACAAUACUUCCAUGAUGUUUGACAUUCCUGUCGACUUGGAGAUACUCGAGGUGCAAAUAAUUGAAGAGAAGAACAGUGACGAAUUUGAGAAACUCUACGUCGAUACACGCCAGCUUCUCGACUCUUUUGAUCCUUCGAAAACAGACAAACAAGUGAGGGUUGGUAAGCAGGAUGAUUUAUAUUAUACUGCCAUACGCGAAGACCACAAGAACGUUGGUAUAGAGCUACUGGCUAGUGAGAGUAUCUAUAGUGAACCGAGACAGGUCCUUGCUAGAAAGAAAAUGGAGAAUGCAGUGAAGGAGAAGCUAAAGUCUUCAGUUGAGCAAUCUUCAACUUCUUCAUCUCCGCUGCCCCAGAUAAUAGAACCAAAAUGUUUACCUUCAGACCAAGUAAGUGUUUUGCCAAUGCACACUCACUCACAGCCACAUAACUGUGCGUAGGCAAUGGUCCUCAUGUUUUCAUGAGAUCGUUAUUUUGUUAGUUUCUGCCAAUUAUCAAAACAGUAAGAGUUAAUCUGGGGAAUUUGUGUUAGUUUUAUAUUCAAACUUCAAGCCUGCCCACCAUGAUUUCAAUCUCUUUGAGUAUGAGUCAACACACAAUCAGUGCCCAGAUCUUGUAGAUAGAGGAAGAUACUACAUGUACGAUUACCAUAAUAGCAGAAAUAAUUUAUGAUGACAUUUGUACAUUGUAUUCAACGAUGCAGUAAAUUAUUUGGCUAAUCCUACACACUCUAUCAUUACUCCUCCUUUGCAUUCAUUGCUGUACCUCUUGAGGAGGAUGAGUCUAUUAGCAUCUACUACUGGGAAAAACAAGCUAUUUGAAUAAUAGUAACUGUAUGGGAUUGAUUGUGUUGGUUUCCAAAAACAAGUAAUAGCUAAUGCUUAUCAUAAGAAAGGUGAUGGGACAGGAAUUUGUCGAGCCAAUCACAAUUACAAUUAUCCUUACGUAAAUUUACACUAGUACACAUAUCUAUAUGGGAAUGAGUUCCUUUAAACUAUUAAGUUAUUGCUACUACUAUUCAAUUAUAUAGACAAGUGACUCCAAUGAUUACUAUGCCAUGGAUCUCGGAUCAUCAACAAAGCAUUCGCCAUCUCGUUCACCCUCUCACUCUCCACUGCCACCAUACAGUGGUACACCAAUGCAAGAUGCACCUCUGUACAUGAUGUCAAAACUAAUGAUGAUGAACGGCCAUUCACCCGAUGUUGAAGAGCUGAGGAGAGACGUUAUGGAGAUGAAGGGGUCUAUGAUGCUACUGAGACAGCAAAUGGAAGGCUUGCAGCAGACAAUAAACAGCCUUCAGUCAGCAAUGAGUGCUCAGCCUCAGACUACGAAUGGUAAUUAUGUGGAUAUGCUCCCAUCAAAAGACUCUAUUGUAUAUAAAAUGUCUUCAAAGGAGGUAUUGCAAAUGCUGGAUAAACUUAACCUGUCCCAAUACAAAGAAAUGUUUGAGAGAGAAGAGGUCGACGGGCAGCUGCUAUCCGAGCUAGAUGAAGACACGCUGAAGAGCGAGUUAGGAAUGACUUCAAAAAUACAUCGAAAGAAACUCUUACUUGUCAUUCAAGGCAAACAAACUUAUCAGCAUUUGGUAGUAGAAACUUAGAGACAGUAACUCUCACAAAGCAUUCAUUUGUCGUACUUAUUAUUUGACCUCCAGUUGUAAAUUUUUUGUCAUUAUUUUAAAAAUUUAAUGUUAUUUACAAUAA